UUAUAGAUUCAUCCCCAAUUUCACGGACAGAGCGGAUCUUUCCUCUUCAACAUUCGAAAAAGCUUUCAUUUUGCUCAUCAAUGGAGGCGGAAGAGAGGAAGAAGAUAACGAGUUUCAGUUACAGCGUUGAGGACGACGACGGGUUGAAGCUGAUCGACAUUUCUUCGGAGGACGAUUUCCUCAUCGCUUCCCCUCUCUUCGAAUCUCUCGAAGAUCUUCGUCUCUCAGUGACGUGGGAUAAAAAUGGUGAGAACGAUUGUUUCAGAUUCUCAGGCGUUGGAAACUCUUUUUGCAAUGAAUUGCCCCAAUCUGGAAGGCCUAGUUUCUUGCGCAGAAGCUUGGCUUGGGACAACGCCUUCUCUACCAGUUCUGGUGUAUUAGAUCCUGAUGAGCUCUUAUUCAUAAACAAAGGAGUAUGUCCAAAGCCUGAAUCUAAACAAAAUGUGCCUCCAAGAACUGUCAAUGGGAAUAUGAACAAGAUUAAAACGGUUUCUAAGAGGGAUCAGCAUGGCGAUAUUCAAGCAUCAUCAGAAGAUAAAACUAACAAAAAGAAAGUCCCUUUGCCAGUACAAAGCAAAUAUGCUUUUGGGAGUUCUUGCAGUUCAUCUCGCUUCUCUUCAUCAACUUCAACCAUUUUUUCUUCGGAUUCUUCAUUUUCAUCCAAAGAUUCAAUCCCUUACCUCAGGCGUUCUUCCUCCACAAGAACCCUUUCGAAAACCAAACCUGGAUCAAAGAAAAAUACACUCCCUCCAUCCAAUCAGUUUCCUGAGGUUCCUGAUUCUUCUCAAGCUUUUGGUAUUGUAAUGGAUGGAACUCCAAAAAAAGAUAUUGUUACUUCUCAGGAAUCUGCCGAAAUACCCAUUUCUGGGAACUCGAAACCUUCAUGUCUGCGUCUUCCUUCUCCAAAGAUCGGUUUCUUUGACGAGGUGGCUCCAAAAGCAAGAGGAUUCUUCAAGUUUCAGAUAGGAAAAGCAAGCAAAUCUUCCAAAGAAGAUGUCGGAAGAACCCCUAGUGGGAGCGGGAAGCAGAAGCUCAAAGCUUCAACUCCCCAGCUGCCAAGAAGUGCUCCACCUUUCAGACUCACAGCUUCCUCAUUGUUUUCUGCUGAUAAAUCCUCCGAGAUGGAUCGUGAAACGUUUUGCAAGUCAAGAAAAGUGGGGUCCGGGGAACGCGAGAGGAGAAGCGUUUGGAUUAACCAUGCUCCAAACGUGAAUAUGAAAGGAGAGCAGAGGAAGGGAAGAAAGGAAAGAGAAGAAAGGAGGAACAAAAGAGGAGGAGAAUCAUCAAGCAUCAGGGAGAAGAACGGAGCGAACGAUUUAAGCAGGCGGUUCAAGAUGAUGGGUUUGGGAGAAGACGAAGAAGAAACUGCAACAAGAACUCCACUUGCUGAGAAAACAGCUGCAAGUCACAGCAAUGGAAACGUGACAGAACCCAAGAAGGAAAAGAUGGUGGAGAAGAAGUCUCCAGUUUUUCUUUUACCUUCUUCUCACAAAGAGAACAUCUGAUUUGCAUCCAUAAACAUAUCAGAAUAUACAGUUUCUUUUCUUGCAUCACUGGAUAUAUACAUUAAACUCAUCAUUUACGGAGCAAACAAUAAUCAUCAAGAAGCUCCACAUACUAUAUAAAGUUUCCAUUAUUUACUUUAGUUCCUAUUUCAAUCUUGAAAUGCAUGUAUAUAAUGCACUGACAAACAGAACAUCUGAUUUGCAUCCAUAAAGAUAUCAAUGUAUA